UAAGACAUUUCCUGAAUUUCUUUAUUAAAAAUAAGUACUAAAAUAAAACUGGAACAAUUGUUCGUUGAUAUAAAAGGCGGAGCAGGUGCUGCAUGGGACAUCAGAUUCACAAGAUUCUCCGACGUAGUCACAACAACAAAAACAAUCCCUUCAAAAUGUUCGUGAAGUUCGUCGCACUCUUGGCUCUGAUGGCCGUCGCCAACGCCAGCGACCUGUCCAGCUUCGCCUACAGCGUGGCGGACCCCUACACCGGUGACUUCAAGCACCAGAUCGAGAACCGCGUGGACAACAACGUUGCUGGCCAGUACUCUCUGCUGGAGUCUGACGGCACCCGCCGCACUGUGGACUACGCCGCUGGUGCUAAUGGAUUCAACGCUGUCGUACGCAAGGACCCCGCUCUCAUUGCCGCCGCCCCCGCCAUCUCCUAUGCCGCCCCUGCCAUUGCUCCUAUUGCUCCUAUUGCUCCCAUCUCAUACGCUGCCCCCUAUGCCUACGCUAAGUUCGGAAAGUUCUACGGCUCUCCUUUCCCAUACGUUCGCUACUUCUAAACCUAGACGACUGAUUUUUUAUUUGUAAAUAUUGGCUCUGUAAAUAAAAUUAUAUAUUUUCUGAAUUUCUAUUGAUAA